UGAGCUCUAUAUAUAUGGACAAAACGCGGUUGCUCUUAAACUUGCAGAGAGAAAUCUAGUCUAAGAAAACAAAGAUAUAUAUAUUUUUUAGAACAGGCCAAGGAAAGAACUGUUAUAUAUUGCCUUUGUUUUCUUCUAUCUUUCAAUCUGUUUGCAUUGUAAGGAAUCUUUGUUAUAGGCUUAUUGCUAGCUUGGAAGGUAUUAUCUUGGAGAAUUGGAAUCAAACCACAUGCAGAAAAUGAGUGCGGAGGACGGGAAUCGUUACCAGCAUCACCACCAUCAUUCUGAUACAGAGGUUUUAGCAAACGAUAAAGUGCCUCAUAGCGGUCCAUUGAGCGGACCUCUGAACAAAAGGGCAGGAAGGAAAAGUGCCCGGUUUAACGUUCCGGACUCAACCUCUUCUAAAGAUGAUGGUUACGUUGAGAUUACCCUAGAUGUUCGUGAUGACUCCGUGGCGGUUCACAGUGUAAAGGCUGCAAAUGGAGCUGAUUUGCAGGAAGAUCCUGAGCUAUCCUUGUUGGCCAAAGGUCUUGAGAAGAGAUCAACCGUGGGAGCGUCGAUGGUGAGGAAUGCUUCGGCAAAGAUUAGGCAGGUCGGGCAUGAACUGAAGCGCUUGACAUCGUUCUCCAAGAAGCCUGCUCGCUUUGAUAGGACCAAGUCUGCAGCUGCUCAUGCUCUGAAGGGACUCAAGUUUAUUACCAAGACUGAUGCUGGGCAUGGAUGGGCUGCUGUGGAGAAGCGGUUUGAUGAAAUUACUGCAUCUAAUAAUGGUGCUUUGCCUCGUGCACGCUUUGGUGAAUGCAUAGGCAUGGAGUCAAAGGAGUUUGCAGGGCAGCUGUUUGAUGCACUUGCUCGAAAACGAAACAUUGAAGGUGAUGCAAUUAAUAAGGCUCACCUAAAAGAGUUUUGGGAUCAGAUCUCGAAUCAAAGCUUCGAUGCCAGGCUUCAAACUUUCUUUGAGAUGGUGGAUAAAGAUGCCGAUGGAAGAAUAACUGAAGAGGAAGUCAGAGAGAUUAUCAGCCUGAGUGCCUCUGCAAACAAACUCUCAAAUAUCCAGAAACAAGCUGAGGAAUAUGCAGCCUUGAUUAUGGAAGAAUUAGACCCAGACCAUCUAGGAUACAUCAUGAUAAACAACCUGGAAAUGCUUCUGCUACAAGCACCAAACCAAUCUGUUAGAGGAGAAAGCCGGAACCUGAGCCAAAUGCUAAGCCAGAAGCUUAAGCCUACAUAUGAUAGCAACCCAGUGACGAGAUUCUUCCGGGACACCAAGUAUUUCUUGCAAGAUAACUGGCAGAGGGUGUGGGUGAUGGCUUUGUGGAUUGGGGUUAUGUGUGGCCUAUUUACAUACAAAUACAUCGAAUAUCGAAGAAGAGAAGACGUUUUUAAGGUAAUGGGGCAUUGCGUUUGCUUUGCCAAAGGUGCAGCUGAGACACUUAAAUUGAAUAUGGCCCUGAUUUUGCUACCAGUCUGCCGUAACACCAUCACCUGGUUAAGGAACAAGACAAAAUUAGGUGCUGCCGUUCCCUUUGAUGACAACCUCAACUUCCACAAGGUGAUAGCAGUUGCAAUUUCUAUUGGGGUCGGGAUACACGCCAUUUCCCAUUUGGCAUGUGAUUUCCCCCGCCUGCUUCAUGCCACUCCUGAUGAGUACAAGCCCAUGAUAAAAUAUUUUGGAAAUCAACCCGAGAGCUACUGGCAUUUUGUGAAGCACCCAGAAGGAGUUACCGGGAUCGUAAUGGUGGUGUUAAUGGCCAUAGCUUUCACUCUAGCUGCGCCUUGCUUCAGGCGGGGUAGGCUGGACCUUCCCAAGCCUCUGAAGAAGCUCACUGGAUUCAAUGCCUUCUGGUACUCUCACCAUCUAUUUGUCAUUGUUUACACACUCCUCAUUGUGCAUGGAAUUAAGCUCUUCCUGACCCAGAAAUGGUACAAGAAAACGACCUGGAUGUACUUGGCAGUUCCAGUUACCCUUUAUUUGUGUGAAAGAUUGACGAGGCUGCUUAGAUCAAGCAUCAAGCCCGUUACCAUACAGAAGGUUGCCGUUUAUCCGGGAAAUGUACUCGCACUUCACAUGUCAAGGCCCAAUGGAUUUAGAUACAAGAGUGGACAAUACAUGUUUGUCAAUUGUGCUGCGGUGUCUCCAUUUGAAUGGCACCCAUUUUCCAUUACUUCCGCCCCCGGAGAUGACUAUCUCAGUGUUCAUAUCAGGACUCUUGGUGACUGGACGCGACAACUGAGGACCGUAUUUUCAGAGGUUUGUCAACAACCGACUAAUGGAAAAAGUGGCAUGCUCAGAGCCGAUUACAACCCAGAUUUCCCAAGAGUUCUAAUCGAUGGCCCGUAUGGAGCACCAGCACAAGACUACAAGAAAUAUGAAGUGGUUUUGCUAGUGGGGUUGGGGAUUGGAGCAACCCCAAUGAUCAGCAUCGUCAAGGACAUAGUGAACAAUAUCAGGGCCAGGGAGGAGGAAGAAAGUGCCCUGGAGAAUGGAAAUGGGGUUGGCGUUAACAAAACGAGUCCUCCCAAUUCCAAAAGAAAAGAAAGCUUCAAGACAAGGAGAGCAUACUUUUACUGGGUGACAAGGGAACAAGGCUCCUUUGAUUGGUUUAAAGGAAUAAUGAAUGAGGUAGCUGAAAUGGACCACAACCACGUGAUCGAGCUCCACAAUUACUGCACCAGCGUUUAUGAAGAAGGUGAUGCUCGCUCUGCUCUCAUUGCCAUGCUUCAGUCUCUCAAUCAUGCUAAAAAUGGCGUCGACGUUGUUUCUGGUACAAGAGUGAAAUCCCACUUCGCCAAGCCUAAUUGGCGCAAUGUCUACAAGCAAAUUGCCGUUAAUCACAACAAUACUCGAGUUGGGGUGUUUUAUUGUGGGGCACCGGCUUUGACCAAAGAGCUAGGCCAGCUAGCAUCAGAUUUCUCCCACAAGACGUCCACCAAGUUUGAUUUCCAUAAAGAGAAUUUUUAAUCCAACAAUCGGAUAAGGAGGAGCUAAAAAAGCAAGCCUUUCGAAGCUCAGCCAGAGACAGUUCCAUCCAUCCACCUUGAUCCCACUGUCUCAAUUGUACAAAGAUCUUCGCUCCCCUCUUGUUGACCACUUAUAAUAUGUUCCUUUUUUUUUUUGUAA